UAUAUGUACGUGAAUUUUCUCUCGGAACCAAAGAGCCAGUUACCGAUUGUACACACACGGAAUUCAUUAUGAUCAGACACACAGGCAAGAUGGCGGAGGGAGAUUCAUGGGAUGCUGACACUUUUGAUCCGGAUGAGCUUGUUAUCGGUACCAAGAAGGCUGUUGUAGCGGAUAAAUGGGAAGGCGAGGACGAGGAUGACGAUAUCAAGGACAACUGGGAUGAUGACGAGGAGGAAUUGAAAAAAACAGAAGAGAAAAAAGCAGCAGAGACAAAACUUUCUGAAAAGAAGAAAUUAGCUGAAAAAAUCAAGGAAAAGGAAAGUUUACAAAUGAAAAAACAAGAAGAGCUGAGAAAGCGGUUAGAGGAAUCACAGGAAACAGAACUCUCACCGGAGGAUGAGCUAGCAGAGAAACUCAGAGUGAAGAAACUACAGGAGGACGCUGAUCUUCUAUUGGCUCAGGAGGCUUUCGGUGUCGUCAACAACGUAAAAGGAAUUGAUGCCAUAAGCCCGUCUUCUAAAGAUGAGUUCACAGAGUUUGAAAAGUUGUUAAAAGACAAGAUAUCACCUUUUGAGACUUCAAUACACUAUUCCGGCUUCCUGGAGUCCUUGUUUCGAGACCUCUGUCUCUCAUUGGAGGUGGAGGACUUGAAGAAAGUCAGCAACUCCCUGACAGUCUUACUAAGUGAAAAACAGAAACAGGAAAAGCAGCUGAAUAAAGGAAAGAAGAAAAAGAAAGGUGUGGUUGCUGCCGGAGGGAUGAAGUCCAAGAUGAAGGAUGACCUAUCGGACUACGGCGAGUUCCAUGGAGGUUACGCACAAGACUACGAGGACUUCAUGUGACGUGACACCAACCCGAUUUCUGCGUCUCAAAUGACACCCUGUUCCCGAUGUAGAACCCUUAUAUAGGGGAUCGGGUGGCAUUUAGUAGGCUUCCACUGUCUGUCCCCAUUCCCCCUCCGCUCUGCUCCACCCAGCCCCCUCAGAGCAUGACCUAUGACCUAUUCUACUGCCCAGAGCCAUCCAAUGAUAACCACCCUUAUGUCGCCCACCGCCAGCCGCACACAAACUCGAUUCUGAAAGAAGUGUUGAAUGGUUUGACGAGGAACGUCUGAUUUCAACGGGGUUGUUUCUCCUCGUUAGAAAUUCCUUCAACGGUUCCUCGAAACUGACUGACCAAUAAGACUGUGUUCUGGAUACCAAAAUGUUUCACCUCCCAUAAUGAGAUGCGAAAACCCAGCAGCAAACUUGUUUUUUUUCCCAAUCCUAGAAUGAAUUUAAUUUGAUCUUUUAAAAGAAAUGAUCUGUCAAACUAAAUUUAAUUGUUACUGUUUGACGAAGGAAAAUACAUUUUGUGUUCCGUGCAAAUCAGAUUAUUACUAUUUUUCUCACUCAAAGGAUGGCUAUUGGCAUUCUGAAAUAUAAUACUACAUUGUUAUGUAAAGAAUAUAGUUCUCCAAAUGUCAGUUCGGUGCUCAUCACAUAUUACACUUGGGAAUAUAUUGAUCCUUGACAUCAUAUAGUAUUUUUCAGGAGAACAUGUCCAAAUAAGUCAAGGAGUUUAGGACCAGUUGAGAAAAGCAACAUUGACAUGUUAGAUAAAUUCAGGACUUGGUUUGCAUGGUCACAUAGUCUACAAAUAUGUUUUGGGGGGUGAAUUCCUAAAUUCCGUGUUUAUAGAAUGUUUAAAGAUUGAUUACUUGUAGUUGUAAGGAGGGUAAUAUUGCCCGGAACAUUCUUCCCCCUACAUUAUAUUAAUUUUAUAGGAAAAUAAUACAAAAUGUUAUGAGUAAUUAAAGGCUAGGAAGUAUUGAAGCCACACAAGUCAAUGUGUGAACAGAGGCCCAUAUACUGCUGAAAUGAAUAUGAUGUAACCAUAGUCUGAACUGUCCGUGUAUUUUAAUGGAGGAAUGAUGGCGCUGAAAAUAAUCUGUUAUGUAGCAUUUCAAUAAAUAGUCAGUAGUCAAGUAGAAAACACAGCGCUGACCAUUUCAUCCUGGGCCUGUGUUCACAAAACGUCUGAGUAGAUACGCUGAUCUAGAAUCAGAUCCCCCCCCUCUUAUUCAUUAUGAUCAGAAAAGGCUAAACUGAUCCUAGAGCAGCACUGCUACGCUGAGAAACCCAGUAUAAUCACUUCCACUGAGUUGAAGCAACAAUCACUCUAGGUCUCCUUGGCAUAACUUUGCACGGCUUGUAUCAAGUGAGGUGAGAAACAGACCAAAUGUAUUUAGGAAAGAAGGUUGUAAUCACUUGUUUUUCUUUUUCACAGCACAUUUUCAGGAUUGGUAAUGGAAAUAUAAACAUAAUAUUAAAGACUAGUUGUCUUAUUUUAUCCACCUAAUUUAAUAAAAUCAUUGUUUUAAAAAAGUA